AUGUAUUUUCUUGAGUUCUUUCUCUUGUUGUUCGGUCUGCUGUCGGCACAAGGCAAAGCCGCAGCACCAUACGAGCUUCGUCCGCCUCCUCUAGACACCCCGUGGACCGAGAAGGUCGGAACCCAACCUUGGCCGCAGUACCCUCGCCCUCAGCUUCGCCGCGAUGUCUGGCAGUCACUCAACGGGAUCUGGACCUACCAGCCCGCCCAAGGAGCCGCUGAUGUCACCAGCCUUCCGGCUUUACCUCUGGAGAAGGAGACUCUGAUCCCGUCAUGCAUCGAGAGCGGCAUUUCCGGCAUCAUGGACAUGAGCUUCAGCGUCACUCACAUGUGGUUCGGUACCAAUUUCACCGUCCCGCCGCGCUGGGCCGAAUCCGGUCGCCGAGUCAUGCUCAACUUCGAGGCGGUUGACUAUGAGGCCACUGUUCAUGUCAACGGCGCCAAGGUCGGUUUCAACCGCGGCGGCUACUCGCGGUUCUCACUCGAUAUCACGGAAAACAUUGUCUCGGGCAGUGUCAACGAGUUGCAUGUCUUCGUCUUUGACCCAACGGACGAUCAGUCCAUCCCUCAAGGCAAGCAGACGAAGCGGCUAUCGCACAUCUUUUAUACACCCUGCUCGGGCAUCUGGCAGACCGUGUGGCUUGAGAGUGUGCCCGAAAACUUCAUCUCGACCCUUGACCUGUCAGCAGAUAUGAACGGCAAGGUUACUGCUACUGUCCAUAGCCAGACAAAGGAUGCGACUCCUAUUGAGAUCUCCGUGGCAGGUCCGCACGGUGAUGUGGUGGCAACUCACCAACACGUAUCAGACCGGGCUUUCACCUUCCAAGUUGACUCGCCGAAGUUGUGGACUCCAGACUCGCCGACCCUCUAUAACGUUACUGUCACCAUGGGGAAGGAUGAAGUCCGGAGCUACACUGGCUUCCGCACCAUCGCCUCCGGCGUCGUCAACGGCGUACAACGUCCCCUCCUCAACGACAAGUUUGUCUUCAUGUUCGGUCCCCUCGACCAGGGAUACUGGCCGGAUGGCAUCCACACACCCCCGACGCUGGAAGCCAUGGUGUACGACCUGGAGGUUAUCAAGGACCUCGGCAUGAACAUGGUCAGGAAACACAUCAAGAUUGAGCCAGACCUUUUCUACGAAGCCUGCGACCGCCUUGGCCUGCUCGUAAUCCAAGACAUGCCCUCGAUGCGGGUGCACACCAACGCCAGGCCGACGGAUGCGGAACAGAAGGAGUUCCAGCGCCAGCUCGAGAUCAUGGUGAACGAGCACAAGAGCUACCCGAGCGUCGUAACCUGGGUCAUCUACAACGAGGGAUGGGGCCAGAUCACCGACUACCACCCGGAGUUUGCCCUGACCGACCGUGUCCGCGAGCUGGACCCGACCAGGCUGAUCGAUGCGGUCACUGGUUGGCACGACCACGGAGCAGGUGACUUUUCGGACAACCACAAGUACGCCGAGCCCCAAUGCGGCACCCCCUUCUUCUCGCAGCCCUCCUCGCCCUACGACCCCAGCCGCAUCGGCUUCCAAGGCGAAUUCGGCGGCAUCGGCCUCCGUCCCGCCGACGAGAACCUCUGGCCCAUCCAACGCGCCGUCGACGCGAUCAACCAGACCUACGAGAUCCACUCCGGGCCGGAGUCGUUCCACUACCGGGCGCACGUGCUGCUCACGCAGCUGCGCGAGCAGGUGGAGCGGUACGCGUGCAGCGGGGCCGUCUACACGCAGACGACCGACGUCGAGGGCGAGGUCAACGGCCUGCUGACCAUGGACCGGCGCGUGCGGCGCGUGGAUGCCGAGAUGUGGAGGCGGGAUAUCAGGGCGCUGUAUGAGGCCGCGGAGAAGAGGGCUUAG